AAUUUGAAAAAAUACAACAGUAUCAUACCAGCAGUUACUAUUCAACUAUUGUUUUGUUUUACAAGAGUACCAGUAUUAUGGGCAGAUUUAUCGCACCUGAAAUCAUACACAUCCACUCCUGAAUAGAGGUACCGGUAUCAUACUAUUUUUUUUUCUCCUCAUAAAACUACAAGUAUAAUAUGACGUGGGCCAAGACAUCGCGGUCGGCUAAAUUUUUUUUGUUAUGAUACCAAGGCCCUAGUAUGGCCUGAUACCCAAUUGGGAACACUGUUAGUCAUAGUGUCCAUAAAAGGACUAGCACGAAAAUGAGAUCCAUGUUUUCUGUCUGCUGGCGUCCUGUGCCUUCUUCCUUCCUUCUCCUUCCUCCACCUCCACACCCCACUCCACAUUCGACCAUCCAUCACCUUACAGCCAUUCCCAUCCUGCAUCCUUUCCACCCCUAAAAAAAAAAUCAAGCUGUCGCACGGGUGUCAGCAUUACUGAAAGCUUGGCUUGCUAUCGAUAACCGAGAGCAAGACCGACAAUAAAAUACUUGCAUUGUUCUUUCUCUCGUAGGUUCCUCAUUCUUGACUCGAAAGCUCUUUUCUUGUGUUCCUUAUUUUUUGCGUCCCCUUCCUCUGCGUCUCCCCCCUCUUUUUUUUUUUUCCUCAAGCGAUCUUGGUGUCACACUAGUGUGAGUCACGAGGAGUUAGUCACUCUACGCGCAACGACGCGUCACCCCGCAGGCCACCAAGGUAGAAAAAAAUAUUUAAGGAGCCGGUUUCCUUUCCUUCUCCUUUCCUCCCUUAUACCCCAUCAUCCCCUACACCUCAAAAACACAAUUUGCCUUACCUUGGCUGAGCAUUAACAGAGAUAAGCUCUACAGGUACAUUAGACUUUGUUCUGAGUUGCGAGAACUUCAACUACUGUCAACCAACCCAAACUUCUCAACCGUCAAAGUUAAAAAAAAUCAUGGUCCAACGUCGAAAGAUUGAGGAGUUUCGUGAUCGUAGGUCUGGGAGGGUUACGAAAAAUCAACGCUCUUCUGCAGCCGUUGGAGCCUCCAGUGCGGCGGGGCCCAGCACAUCCCGUAAUACUUCUGCCACCAACCGCGGCGCUCAAACCGGGUCCGAGGAUAAUGAUGAUGAAAUUGGUCCUGGUUUGAGGGAUGAGGCUGCUGCGAGGCUCUUGCAGCGGCGUUCUAAGCGUAACCCUGUUGUAGCAAGGUACGUUUACAUUGAAAUUACAUUAGUCUUUCACACAGAAGUGUGCGGCAGAUGUUGAAAUUGAAGAUAAAAGUUAUAUACUAAUUUGUUUACUGAAUUUAGUAAUCGUCAAUCUGAAACCACUCACUUCUCUAGCAAUCGUGUUAUAUCACGUAGUGAUCUUAUCGCUCUAUCGGUCCAUGGGGAUACAAUUGCAAGAGUCCUGAAGAAGCCUAGCCCUAAUGCGGCAGACUGGCAGACCAUUAGAGCAGCCCUUCACAAACUUCCAUUCGAGAAUGUGGACCAGAAGAUUGUUCGUUCCUCCGGAGUUAUGAAGCAGCUACUCAGAAUUGAGGAAGGUGGUUUUGAUAUCCCGGAGGAUAUUUGCUUGGACGCUCAGAUCAUUCUUAAGAAAUGGAGGAAUGGGGACUACGACCCCCACUUGCUUCGCGGGGUUGAUCUAAACCAGACCGUUACUCGUGUUGGGGGAAGAGGUGCGAGGAACGUUAAACGUACUAGGCACUAUAAGCUUGAGGAGGAUUAUAAUUGGAAGAGAGAUGAUAAUGUGGAGGGGAAUCAUGAUUUGUUUGUUGGUGAAUGGUGGCCCCUUCAGAUCUGUGCUUUGAGAGAUGGGGCUCACGGGGAGUUGGAAGCGGGUAAGCCUAACUUUAUAUUGUUUCUACUCUCUGUUCCUUUAUUAACCUGCUUUAUUUUUUUCUACAGGUAUCUCUGGCAAUAAUACUCUCGGCGCGAUCUCCGUUAUUGUCUCGGGUGGUGCUCUUUAUCCAGACCUCGAUGAGCUUGACAGAGUUCUCUAUUGCGGCACCAUGGGGAUUGAGGCUCCAUUGAAUUAUGUAGCCGAGUCGGGCGAGGAUCUUGAGCCCGGUGACCGUAUUCCGUCUCAUAACACUAAGCUCUUGAUGAUUUCGUACAGGAACGGAACUAAAAUUCGUCUCUUCCGUUCGGCCAAGUCUCAAUCGCCAUACGCACCUGCCGAAGGUCUUCGUUAUGAUGGCCUCUAUACUAUUCGAGCGUACGAAAUACUCGAUAAAAAGAACGCUGUCUAUCGUUUUGAAAUGAUUAGGGAGAACAAUCAGCCAGCAAUUCGUGGCGACCCUGACGAUCCUGGCUGUAAGCCCAACAAAGUCGAACUCGCGAAAUGGCAAGGAAUCAAGAAGACCUUGAAAGGAGAAAGAUAAAUUGGCGCUUUUGUUGCUGGAUUGUGUCUAUCUCCAUUUCCCGCGUACUUCGCUUUCUUUCACCUCUUACACGCAUGUCUUUUUCUUUCUCCUACAAAGUUUCUUCUUUCAACCCUGUUUACAUUUGCGAGAUUUUGUUGCCUGAUUUGGAUUGAAAUACCGAUCCAUGAUGAUGAUGAUUAAUGUCCUGAGAUGAUACCUAUCCUUUGGAUCACUGAUCCGGCUGUUUGUUGCUUACUUGUCUGGCUAAUUCCUUCCGAGCUUGUUAUAAUAAUCUUGUACGCUCGAGUUAGAUGUUUUCACAUUUGUCUUUUUUUUUUUUUUGUUCCUCUUUCCUUUCAGUACUCGCUAUUUUUCUUGUUUUUCUUGUUUUUGUUUUUUUGUUUUUCACCCGGUGCCCAGUAUUUUUCCUUGAGUAUUUUUUUCUUUUCCCCUCCCCUCUUCCCCUCCAUACGCCACCACUUUCACCAAUGCCUGGAACCUGAUAUACACGGAGGAAGGGAGGAAGGGAGGUGGAGAUGAAACGUUGAAGGUCAAAUCAGGGAAAUUUUGCAAGUAGCUUAGAAAUCAACCUUUUUUUUU